AUGGUUUAUUAUACUUUAGGAUUUUCAAUAUGUGCAAUUGCUCGAAAUAUAAAAAUUGCACAUUCGACUAUAAUAAGAUUAAUUAAAAAAGCCAAUGAAACAGGAAAAAUUGAAGAUUUGAAAAGAUCAGGCCAUUCAAAAGCUCUGAAACAAGAGAAGGAAGAAAGAAUAGUUGAAUUAAUUAAUUUUGGAGAAUGCGAAACAGCAACUGAAGUUUAUUCAAAAUUUAGUCAUGAGACCAAUUAUGAGAUAUCAGUUGAAACCGUACAAAAUAUUCUCUAUAGACAUGAAUUUGUUGCUAAAGUUAAGAGAAAGCAUUCUGUAAUAAAUGAAACUGCAAAAAGAGUAUGA